UGUCCCCCAGUGGGAACCAUCCCUCAGGGCUCCAGCCCUUGUGAGGACCCUGUUCCCGGGGCACUGAGGCGGGGCCCUGGGCCCUGCAGGGCCUUCGAGGUCUAGGACUCUCCUUGGACUGGCAAGCACCUGAGGAGUCUCUGCAUGUGCUCGGAUCGAUGAUGACACCCCAAUUACAUUCCUUGGAGCUGAACAAAAUGAGUGAAAACUCCUAAACCGUCAUUCUCAUCGUGACUGAGGUCCAGCACUUGGCCACAUGUGGGGACUGCAGGAGCAGGGCUCCACGUCCGUCCUGUUGCUCGUGUCGCUUUCACCACUGAGGGGUUCAUUGCUUAUCAGGCCCUUGUCCCUUGUCCUUUGUCCUUGUGGCAGGGACACGUGGCAAGGGGGCAUCGCCGUGGCGUGCAUGUCUUCUGCUUCGUGGGCCUGGUUCCUCGGGCCUGGAGGAGCUGUGGAGUACUGUAAACCUCGUGUAGUGAUCCCAGGGUGGGCAGUUGGUUGUGGCUGUCCCUGGCCGGGAGGCUGGCCGUUGCCUGCGUGGGCCUGCUCCCUCAGGUUGGCGGUUGCCAGGAAGUUGCUGCGGGCCCCCGUCCUGCCGCUGAGCUCUGCACCUCUGGAUGCUGCGGAUGGUGGAGGAGGCCUGGACUGGGAUUCUCCGUGUCAGCGCACUCAGGGGAGCUGCCCUGCACGCAUGCCUUCUGCUGAGGUUCCUGCUCCUGGGCACCAGAGGACUUCCAAGGGCUGCAGGCCUGUGUCCUCCCUCCCGACGAGCUGCGGGCCUGUGGAUGGUUCAGGACGGGCGAGUGGCCAGUGCAGCCCCGGUCAGCUCCUGUGCCGCAUCCCCCCUGGUGGUGCCAGGCCAUUGCUGCAAGCCUCGUGUCCUGAGAGCCCGCUCCACACCUGUGGACGGAUGAGCGCGGUGAGUGCUUGUGUCUGUGUGGGGUGGAUGUUGUCCUGA